AUGCGGUAUCUUCCCACACGGAGUACAUGGCUUCAGACCUGCCGCCGUCCACCGCCCCGUGCGACCUGUGGCACCUGUGCGACCUGUGGUGCAUCAGCCGGUUCCCGUGGCCCCGGUGCACCGAGGCCGAGUGGACCUGUGGUGCCCCAGCCAGCUACCUCGGGCGUCCCGGUGGACCAAAGGCUGGGCGACAGCGAGUACCACUUCUCGUGGCGCCAUGACGGCAGCAAAACCUACACGUGGGAUGGCGCCAACCAGUACUGCGGCAACCUUGGCUCCGGCUGGCAGGGUAUCAGCAUCGAGACUCGCCAAGAGGACAGUCUUGUCAGAGAGGCAAUUACAGAAGAUCAUCUACCAUGGAUUUGGACCUCAGGUCAGCUCAAGAACCACGGCUUCGCCUGGGCUUCAGGUGCUGAAUUCGUGGGUCUCAACUGGUCUCACACCGGCGGGAAUCAUCGACCACAACCAGACAACCGAGAGGGGGAUGAGAACUGCCUGGGGGUUCUCAACAACGUCUACGACGACGGCAUCAAGUGGCACGACAUCGCCUGCCACCACGACAAGGCCAUCAUCUGCGAGCGCAAAGUCAGAGUCCAUGGAUGAACAGAAAUACACACACAAACACAGAGGUGCACAUACAUCAGUGUGUAGUGUAUGUAUUUAUAUAUAGAUAUAUGAUAAGCCCAAUACUAACUUAUUUAUAAACACUGUACGAAUCUA